AUGGCGACAGCCUUCUGGGACCGCGAGAAGGCCUACAAAGAGUGGGAGGAAUUGCUCAAGCGGGCAACUAGUCCUGAGGAAUCUGACAAGAUCGCCACAGCAAACCAGCUGAACUCGCCCCUACUUCGUCUACCUGGCGAGAUCCGCAAUCACAUCUACACCUACAUCUGCCGAUCCAUUACAGUCAAGCACGGGAAGCGUUCAGAAGUUUCCGGAAGCUCAUGUCUCUUCACCAAAACCUUCCUCCUCGCCUGCAAACAAUUCUACUGCGAGGCCAUCGCACUCUUGUAUACCCACGCGACGUUCGAGUUGUCUGGAUGGGCAGGAUGGGCAGCUCACGUAAGCCUCAACCCCAAAUAUCGCAACCUCAUUUCCUCGCUAUAUUUGGACCAUAAUAUUCUCCAUACUGCAACACGGAAGGCUCGGGAGUUCAAGGCUGGUAUAAGGACUGAAUCUGAUCUGCCUGGGGUUGAGAGGGUGCUUUUAAAGCAACCUACUAGGGCGAAUGAUGUAUACAUCAAUGCGCUACAAGGAAUGUUUGGAAAGCAGACCUUACAGGUCACCGACGAGGAGAUUACAGAUCCAGAAAUGCUCUUUUUGAUGCGAUAUUCUUCAAUGCAAAGUUGA